UACAUAAACCUAAAUAAUAUUGUGGGCAAAUGUGACAGUGCUGUAGUUAGAGUAGUUUUAGGGCACAAGCAAUCGGGGUGCUGCAUAUGCUGUAUGAAUACAAAUAAUGCGAAGUUUUGGAAAGGGGAAAGCAGAGUCCUGUGAAAUGUGAAAUAAAUAUAUGCGAAUAAUUUAUGUAAUACAGUGCGUUUCAAAACACAAAAAUAGAAACGGGAACUAGUGAAAACGAGAAAAACUCCACCAACAAAACAAAACAGUAUUCGUUUGUAAUCAUCAUAUUCUUUUAUUGCAAAAAGUAUUAGUUAAUGUAAUAUAGGAUGCUACCCAGCUUUGAUACCUUAAUGCGUUGCUCGAAGCGCGUUCUGCAAUCGCCACUGGAGGCGACUGCGACGGCCAAUCUCCAGAUGCGGAAUGGCCACAGCAAGGCACCGGCCGGUGGCCUCUACGGCCCCUUCACGCCCGACAAUGAUCUCAGCUGCUCCGGACGGGGGGACUGCGUGAACAAUACCUGUGUCUGCGACAUCCGGUAUGCCGGCGACGAGUGCAACUUCUUCAAUCUGCCGUACUACGCCGGCAUCUCCACCGUCUUCUAUGUGGUGGCCCUCGUCUCUGUCAUCCAGCUGCUCAUCUGCAUUGUGGCCGAGUACCAGCGCCUCAAGCAGCCCUCGGUCCUCAGGGCUUGUCGCAUCACCACCCAGAAGCUGCUCUACUUUAUGGUCUUCGUGGCGGCCUCGUUGCGUGGAGCCUACUUCACCACUCCGUUGGAUCUACAGCCUCAAUGGGCCGUAACCCUGAUGUCCGCUUAUUAUCCAUUGCUCAUGACCUGCGCCUCCCUGAUCGUCUGCAUGUGGGCCGAGAUCUUUCACCUGCGCGACAUUCGCUGGGAGAAGUCGCAGUUCCUUUCGAAGAGUUUCCUCGGCUUUGUGGCCUUCAACUUCUUCCUGUACAGCCUGUUUGGCAUCGAGGUGUUCAGCUCGCUGAUCAACGCGGAGCGGCGGGACUACGCGCACAUAUUCAAUGGCUGCUAUGCGGUAUUACUGCUGAUCGUGGUCGUCUUCUUCCUCAUCUACGGCGUGGAGGUGUUCUUCAAGCUGCGCGGCGGCUUUGUCUACGACCAAACGGGCAAGAUCCUGGGGCCCAGCGAGGCGAUCGUGAACGCCUCACAGCUCCACCAAUCCCGCUUCGGACUCCUCAGUCAGGCCGUUAUGCUCAUCGUGAUUGUCGGCUUUCUCACCUCCGAAACUCUGGGCGAUUUCUGGAAGACCAAGGUUCCUGUGAACUCUCGCAACUGGCAUGACAUCAUUUUUCGUAUUGCUGAGAUCGGCGUUGCUCUGUGGUUCCCUUGCUGCCUGUGGAACUCGAUGGCGCCCGAACAGCUCUGGAUACUGAAUCCGCGCAAGCUGCUCUCGCGCCAGAUUGAUCCGUCGAUACCCACUCUGAAUGCCGACACCAAUAAGCUCUCGCCCGAGGAGGGUCAGUCGUUCCUGGCGAAAAAGGAUUGCUGGAUAUGCUACGACAAUGACAAGCCCGAGCCCCUAAUCCAGCCAUGCCGUUGCACCGGCGACGUUAGCUCUGUCCACCACGAGUGCCUCAAGCGCUGGCUGGUCGAGAGCUGCAGCAAAACGGAGGCCCAGCUGUCCUGCAAGGUGUGUGGCCAUCCCUACGAAAUUGAGAAGUCCAAAAAACUGGAGUGGGACAAGGGCUUCACCAUCCAACACUGGUCCAAGACAGUGAUACUGAUCACACUGAUGUGCGUGACGGGUGCCACCGCCUGGGUGGUUAUCCAAAUGUACGUGGACCCCCUGGUGCGGGUGAUGACCGUCGGCGUAGCCGUCCUCAUUGGCUACGUGUGUGUCAAGUGUCUGGGCGAGAACACCGUGGUUGCCUAUCAACGUGCCAAAGUGAGCUCGAUUAACAUUGUGACCAGCUCGGAGAUGGAGAAACUCCACACCAUAUGCGAGGAUGUCAGCGCCGCCAGUACAUCGGCAGCCGCAGCACCGACUGGCGCUGCCUCUUAAUGGUAGAGCGCCUGACAAGCAGACGAGAGAGCGAGCGAGAGAGAGAGAGAGAGAGAGAGAGAGUCUAUGCCAUAAGGAACCACAUCAGCCACACCACAUCGGCAGCGCAGAUCAGCAGAACUUACAGACAUUAUUACUUACUUAUUGUAUCUAGUUUAGAAUGCGUUUUGCACACGUUUUGCUCAAUGCUCAAUCACAUCACACCCUCCCCCCUCAACCGUGUACAUAGGUUUACGAAAGAAAGGAAAGAAAAAAGAAAGCGAAACGAGACGAGACGGUAGCGAAAGCCGUCGGUUUCGAUUACCGAGUCAAUUGUGUCUCUCAAAUUAUCAUGCAGAUUUCCAAAAGCGAAAUGUAUUACAAGAAGCCAAAUAUUAUUAGUCUCUAAGCAUAUAAGCCAGUAUCACUUACACGAAAGAAACACGAAACACGAAAAACGAAACGGAUAGAAACAUCUUGAGAUUAUGAACGCGUUGCCAAGUAGCCUGAAGAGCGAGCAGAGAGUAAGUAAAUAGAUUGAGAUAGAGCUUCGAUGCGCCAGCGAUCAGCCCGAUCGUAGGUCUGAUCUGUAGUUUAUAGCCUACUUUUAUUAACAAUUAAUUUAUGAAAGCCUUUUGCAUUUCAUCCACUUCAUGAACCGCCCCUGUCCUUUGCACCAACACACAACUUGGCGAAUAUUAGUUUAAGCGUAUAAGUUUUAACUUUGUAUUCUGUUGGAAUAAGCGUAUUAAUUCCUAAGCUAUAAAGGUCCGUAAAGGAUUGUCAUAAUUUAUCUACCACACCCACACACACACACACACACACACACAGAGCAUACCCCUUAAAUAUAUAUAUUAAUAUAUUUGUACUAUAUGCUAUAUGUAAUGUACAUUUUAUUGUAUCCGGAACAUACAAUUUGUCAAAGCAAAGUAAAACGAAACAAAACA